UUGAGAUGUUCAGUUUUUGAGCCAUGGGAAGCAAAACCAUUCCUCUGGAAUUAGAUGCUCUUAUCGGUUUCAACGGACAAGUGCCUUUUGGCCUAAAGCUCCAUCCAGACAGGAAGCACCUUAUCUAUCCUCUGGGAAGUAUUAUUGUCCUGAAAAGAAUUGAGGAUGGGAAGCUAGAGUUUCUAGAUGGACACUCAAACAACGUCUCCUGCAUUUCUGUGUCCAAAAGUGGAUCGUACAUCGCCUCUGGGCAGGUCAACUUUAUGGGCUUUCAGGCUCCAGUGAUUAUCUGGAAUUAUGCAGAGAGAACAAUCCAUGUCGAGCUGCGGAUCCACAACACCAAGGUUGAAUCAGUCGCAUUCUCUCCCAGUGAAAAAUACCUGGUGUCUCUUGGGGGCAAAGAUGACUGCCGGAUUUUUGUAUGGAACGUUGAGACCAAGCAGCUCAUCUGUAGGAACAAAGCUUCAGCUCAAGGUCACUGCCUCGUGGUGGAAUAUUCCAAAACUGACGAUACCAUUUUCGCUUCGGCUGGCAGCCUAACACUGCGAGUCUGGAAGUUUGUCAACGAAAGGAUCUUGCCCACCGACUGCUGGACAAACAUGCUGAAGAGACAUGUGUCAUGUAUCGAGAUAUCAGAGGAUAAUCGAUAUAUGUACUGUGCCACUUUAAGUGGAGACAUAAUGAAAAUCGACGUAAAGAGGAAAAUUCUGAGCAUCUGUGGUCCCGGUAAAGCAAAGUUCAUCCAUGGAAUCAAUGUUCUUAAGUUGUUGGAAUCUGGAGACCUGCUUGUUGGCUCUGGAUCUGGUAUCUUAGCUCUGUGCUCCCAGAUUAACUUCAAACCUGUCAGGGAAAUCCAACUGGAAAACGCAGUGACUUCCAUUGCCAUCAGCGAAGGGGGAGAGCAGUUCUAUGUCGGCACAGAGGAGGCUCAGAUGUACCGGCUCCAUUUGAAGGAUUUUACAGCUGAGCUCAUAUCCACAGGUCACAGGAGCGCUGUCAAGGACGUUGCCCUUCCUCAUGCCACCUCUAAGCUAUUUGCAACUUGCUCUGGGGAAGAAAUCAGAGUGUGGAUGGUAGGCAAGCCCAAAGACCAGCUGCGCAUCACUGUUCCCAACGUGACCUGCAACGCCAUAGACUUCAUGCAUGAUGACUGCAGUAUCAUCAGUGCAUGGAGUGAUGGCAAUAUCCGUAGGUUUGGAAUGAAAGGGCAGCUGAUGGUAGUAAUUAACAACGCUCACAGACAGGGGGUGACAGCCAUCGCUGGCACCAAGGACAGCAAAAGAAUUAUCAGUGGAGGAGGAGAAGGGAAGAUGCAUGUGUGGGAACUGCUGCCUCAUACCCACCAAAUACUGAAUAUCAUGGUGGGGCACAGAAGGCCCGUGUCUUGUCUCAAAAUGAAGAGCGAUGACAAAGAAUGCGUCACAGUCAGUUCCGAUGGCUUCUGCAUCAUCUGGGACUUAGUACACUUUCAUGCCCGUCAAAAGAUCAAAACCGACACUCUUUUCCGGAAUGUGUGCUACCAUCCAGACGGAUACCAGAUUGUUACUUGUGGAACUGACGGAAAGGUCAUUUACUGGGACGUGAUGGGCGGCACAAACAUCAGAGAACGGGAGGACGCAGAGACAGGGGUCUACAACAGCAUACAUACCACACAAGAAGGCAGCCACUUUGUGACAGGUGGAGAAGACAAGCGGGUGAAGGUGUGGGACUAUAUGCAAGGAAAAAUAACCCACAUAAGUAUGCCUGCUGGAGCCUGUAUUACCUGCACCAGGAUCUGCACCUUGAACCGCAUCCUGGUCAGCACCAGUGCAGACGGAGGCAUUUGGCUGUGGAAGUUCCCCCACCUUGCCUCUUCCUCUUAAACAAAGAAAUUCAAGCCAAAAAACUCACUGCCAGUUGUUGCACACUGAUUGAUAUAACCAGUUAUUAGGUUUAGGGAGUAUUUUCUUUUCCUAUAUGGGCAGGUUGGUUUGAAUUAUUUACCUAGAAGUAAAAUAAUCAGUUGAAAGAUGCUUUUUGUAUUUAGUCUGAUCCUUAUUGGUGAUCUUAAGCCUUUCAGGGAUACAUAGAUUUAGCG